AUGCAGAGGGCAACCAAUGUUACCUACCAAGCUCAUCAUGUCAGCCGGAAUAAGAGAGGCCAAGUGGUAGGAACAAGAAGUGGUUUUCGUGGAUGCACCGUCUGGUUAACAGGUCUGUCUGGUGCUGGGAAGACUACAGUGAGCAUGGCACUGGAGGAGUAUUUAGUAUGCCAUGGCAUUCCGUGCUACACGUUGGAUGGUGACAAUAUUCGACAAGGCCUUAAUAAGAAUUUGGGUUUCACACCAGAAGACAGAGAAGAAAAUGUCCGUCGUAUUGCUGAGGUUGCUAAACUGUUUGCAGAUGCUGGUUUGGUGUGCAUUACUAGUUUCAUCUCUCCUUAUGCUCAGGAUCGUAAUAAUGCCAGACGAAUUCAUGAAGGGGCAAGUUUGCCUUUUUUUGAGGUAUUUGUGGAUGCUCCAUUGCAUGUCUGUGAGCAGAGAGAUGUUAAAGGACUCUAUAAGAAAGCCAGGGCUGGAGAAAUCAAAGGUUUUACGGGGAUUGACUCUGAGUAUGAAAAACCAGAAGCCCCAGAGCUUGUGCUCAAAACUGAUUCCUGUGAUGUGAAUGAUUGUAUACAACAAGUUGUGGAACUUCUUCAAGAGAGGGACAUUGUACCAGUAGAUGCCUCUUAUGAGGUGAAAGAGCUUUAUGUGCCAGAAAAUAAGCUACAGUUGGCCAAAACUGAUGCUGAAUCUCUGUUAACCUUGGAAAUAAAUAAGGUGGAUAUGCAAUGGGUCCAAGUACUAGCAGAAGGUUGGGCAACACCCUUAAAUGGCUUUAUGAGAGAGAGAGAAUACCUACAGUGCCUUCACUUUGACUGUCUCCUUGAUGGGGGAGUUAUUAAUCUGUCAGUGCCUAUAGUGCUAACAGCUACUCAAGAAGACAAAGAAAGACUGGAUGGGUGUACAGCAAUUGCACUGGUGUAUGAAGGUUGCCGCGUGGCCAUUCUCCGUAAUCCCGAAUUCUACGAGCACAGGAAAGAGGAACGCUGUGCUAGGCAAUGGGGAACGACGUGCAAGGAACAUCCCUAUAUCAAGAUGGUUAUGGAGCAAGGGAACUGGCUUGUAGGUGGAGAUCUACAGGUCCUUGAUCGUAUUUAUUGGAAUGAUGGACUUGAUCAAUACCGUCUCACUCCAGCUGAACUAAGGCAGAAAUUCAAGGACAUGAAUGCUGAUGCUGUCUUUGCAUUCCAGUUACGCAACCCAGUGCACAAUGGACAUGCUCUUUUAAUGCAGGAUACUCAUAAGCAGCUUUUGGAACGUGGCUACCGGCGCCCAGUUUUACUCUUGCAUCCACUUGGAGGCUGGACAAAAGAGGAUGAUGUUCCCCUCAUGUGGCGCAUGAAGCAACAUGCUGCAGUACUGGAGGAGGGAAUCUUGAAUCCAGAAACAACAGUGGUGGCUAUAUUCCCUUCCCCCAUGAUGUAUGCUGGACCAACGGAGGUUCAGUGGCACUGUAGGUCACGGAUGGUUGCAGGAGCUAACUUCUACAUUGUAGGGCGAGAUCCAGCAGGGAUGCCACACCCUGACACUGGGAAAGAUCUGUAUGAACCAACCCAUGGUGCCAAAGUGUUGACAAUGGCUCCAGGCCUCCGUGCACUGGAAAUUGUACCCUUCAGAGUUGCAGCUUACAAUAAGAAAAAGAAGUGCAUGGAUUAUUAUGACUCUGAUCACCAUGAAGACUUUGAUUUUAUAUCGGGGACCCGCAUGCGCAAGCUGGCUCGUGAAGGACAAAACCCACCGGAAGGCUUCAUGGCUCCUAAGGCUUGGACUGUGCUGACAGAAUACUACAAAUCCUUGGAGAAGGCUUAGACCUCUUUUUAACUGCAGAUCAACCUUUGACGCCUGAUUUAUUUACGAGAAGGGGACCACACAGUCACCGUUUAUGUUGCUUUGUUGUGGUGUCUGUCAGGAAGUUCUUCUCUGAAAACAGACUCUUUCUCCCUAACUUAGCAUCAUUCUUUGCCUGUCCUUAUGGGUUCUAUUAUGUCCUGGCACCUAACUAGCUGCUGGUUUUAAUGUCUUCUCUUUUAUUACAGUUAAUAUUCUUGCAGUAGGAUUUUUAACUCUUGUCUUUUUAUAUUUUACUGCCUGUGUCCUAUGAGUUCUGCAGCUGUUAAAUAGAUGUGGCUUUUUUCAUGUUAUUUAAACUGCUGGGUAGAGUCUGGUUUUAGUAGUUUGUAGGAGAUAAUGUAAUGGUUAGACCCUUAACUAUGGAUGGAUUAUCUAUAAAUCAAAAAAGUAAAUAAGUUUUAAAACAUCUGUAAAAGUGUCCUCAUCUCUGUCUCAUCAUCUCCAGAAGCACUUAAUGCUAAUUUCUCACAAUAUGUAAUAAAAAAGAUUUUUUUUUAAUGUAGCAUAACAUUUUUUUGUCUUUCUUUGUUUAGUUUUGGAACUCAUUGAGUUGUCUGGUGACUUUCUUCUGCUGUGGACCUGUAAGUUGGCCAAGUAAUGAAUAAGAGAAAGUAUCUGGUUU